CACGGACAGCGAUGCUUGUUACUAUAGCAACAAGCUCUCUCGCACUUCCGCCGCCUCCACCAUCGUCUCCUCCUCCCCACCGCACAACCGCAUCCCUCUGUCAACAGGAUAUUUCCUGAGACGGAAAUACGACGGGGGAAGGAAAAUGGCGCUCAUCCCAUCACAGAUCCUCAGAGUAGCGAUACUCCUCUCUUAUUUUUCCAUCCUCUGCAAUUACAAAGCCAUAGACAUGCCCGCGCAUCAAACAUACGGCGGUAGCUGGAAGUUUCUUACGUUCAUAGAUUUGGUCAUUCAGGCGGUGUUCUUUGGAGUGUGUGUCCUGACUGACCUCUCAAGCCUUUUGACAAAAGGCAGUGCCAGUAUGGAGCAAGAGAGACAGUUGAGGAAGCUGAUUAGCUUACGAGACUGGAUGAUGGCUGUUCUGGCCUUUCCUGUUGGUGCGUUUGUGGUGACUAUGUUCUGGACGCUUUACGUGUAUGACAGAGAUUUGGUAUAUCCAAGACUCCUGGACAACUUUAUACCUCAGUGGCUAAACCAUGGCAUGCACACAACAGUUCUUCCUUUUAUCAUAAUUGAGAUGAGAACAACACACCAUCGAUAUCCCAGCAGGACCUGUGGACUCUUCGCGGUGUGCAUGUUUGCCGUGGGAUAUGUUGUAUGGAUGUGCUGGGUGCACAGCAUGACGGGGGUGUGGGUUUAUCCGUUGCUGGAGCACAUCGGGCCCAUGGCCAGAAUUCUCUUCUUCAUCUGCCUCACGGCUCUGAUCAACGUCUACUACGUCUUGGGAGAAAUCCUGAACAACUACAUCUGGGAUUCCUCAAAGAGUUUGGAAUGACUGUUUUUCUGAUUUUGCAUAUUAUCCACCAUUGACUGGCUACAUGUGCACUCUGGAAUCAGAAAAGACCAAAACUGACUGAAGAAGACCACCACAAAUGUUACCCUGCCUCUUUUCUCUUCUUCUGAAUUCAAAUCAGUUGGACGUUGGGAGUUCAAAUCAAUAGUAUAUAUUUAUCUCGGUCUCCUCAGACAUUUAUCUCAUCCUCAUUACUGCCCUUAAUUUAAAAAAAAGCACAGACCUAUAUUGGCUUGAACAUGCAAUUGAAUAAUUCAUGUUUUAAGAGAACCUCAAGCAUUGUGUGAGCAUUGAAUGAUCUGUACUGCACACAUGCUCUAUUUGUGUGUCCAAAGCCAGUUCAACAAGCCACAUUACAUAUAUAUCUCGCAUCAGAUAUUAUUUAUUUACAGAGGGAGGAUUUAUGAGGGAAUUUGUCAUUCUUUGCCUCUUUAAAACAAAUAAGCAACACCUUUAUAUACACAGUAGCAUAUGGCAAACGAUAAUGAGCACAAGAGAAUUCACUUAGAUUAGUUGUUUAUGGGGUUUCUGAAGCCAUAAAUGUUUUUGAUUAAGAUGAGCAGAUAUUACCGCACGAAAUCCAAACAUUGUCAACUGACCUUUCCCUACUUGGUAACAUUUUAUAAGAAGCUCUCAUACGUUAACUUUAGCUAACACGAACUAACAAUGCACAAUAUAGUUUUUAAAGCAUUUAGUAAAUACAAAUAGUUGUUCAUUUAUUGUUUGUUAGUUCAUAGUACAUUAAAUAGUCAACGAGAAUGAAACUAAUGUAGUAAACUAAUGCUAACGAAUGAAGCCUAAUUAUAAAGUGUUACCUAUUAUUUAAAUGUGUUUUUUAUCUCAAAGGGAUGUAAUGUUUCAUAUCUUAUGGAUAUGACAAGCUUUUGUCGUUUACUUCACUAAUAUUUUGUUGUUUUUUCUUCUUUUAUUAAUAAAGUUUUAAAUAUA